CAGGUGGCGCAAUGGUAUCCUAUCUCGUUUCUUUAUAUUUCUUUAAAAUAAUAUACAUAAAAUGUGAACAAAGCACAUGAUUUUAUAUUUGAAGAAAUAAAAAAUUUAAUUAAUAAGAUAUAAAUAACUAACAAUGUUGUACAUGAUCGGUUUAGGACUUGGUGAUGCAAAAGAUAUUACUGUUAAGGGUCUUGAAAUAAUAAGAAAAUGCAAUCGUGUGUAUUUGGAAUCUUAUACAUCAAUUCUUACUGUAGGUCAAAAAACCUUGGAAGAUUUUUAUGGUUGUUCUUUGAUCAUCGCAGACCGUGAUUUAGUAGAAAGUAACGCAGAUUUAAUACUAUCAAAUGUAAAGGACGAAGACAUCGCAUUUUUAGUUGUUGGAGAUCCAUUCGGUGCAACCACGCAUACAGAUUUAGUAUUACGAGCACAAGAGAAAGGUGCUAAGGUAACAAUAAUCCAUAAUGCAUCGAUCUUAACUGCUAUAGGUUGUUGUGGUUUACAAUUGUAUUCUUUUGGAGAAACUGUAUCUAUUCCAUAUUGGACAGAAAUGUGGCAACCUGAUAGUUUCUAUGAUAAAAUUGCUUCUAACAGACAAAGAGGUUUACAUACUUUGUGCCUACUGGAUAUCAAAGUAAAAGAGCCUACAUUGGAAAGCAUUUUAAGCAAGAAAAAAAUUUAUAUGCCACCAAAAUAUAUGACCGUUGCUGAGGCAUCCAAUCAAUUAACCUCCAUAUUAGAAAAAAAGAAAAAAGAUAGCGAUCAAUGCUUAGCUUUUACAGAAGAUAGUCUAGUGGUGGGAUUAGCUAGAAUAGGAUCUGACGAUCAGAAUAUAGUUGCCUGUUCAUUGCAAGAAAUGAAAGGAAUUGAUCUUGGAGAACCUCUUCAUUCUUUAAUCAUACCAGCUGAGAAAUUACAUCCUCUUGAAACUAGUUUCUUAAGGCAAUAUGUUAUUGAUAAAACACCACAUUAAUCAGUGGCUCAUUACCGUAUUAAAAAUACAUGAAAAAUUGAUUAACGUA